AUGAGUCAAGACAUCGGUGAGAAGACUACCGCCGUUGACGACGGGCCGAUUUUGCACAAGGUCCUCGACGCAGAGGAUCCUGCACUGGCACAAGCAGAGGACUUGGUCGCUGCCGAGACGCAGUACACCAAGGCGGAAUACGACCGACUCAAGCGGAAAUUCGAGUUUAUUCUGCUACCGAUAAUGAUGUUGGUGUAUGGUUUGCAAUAUGCCGACAAAGUAUCCCUGUCUUCUGGUGUCGUCUUCGGUCUCAAGCCUGAUACAGGCUUAACCACAAGCGAAUACUCUCUGCUUACAGUUUGGUUCUAUGUUGCCUACCUUGUCGGUCAAAUCCCUAUGAUGUACAUCCUUCAACGAGUACCCCUUGGUAAAGGUCUCGGCGUGGCGAUUGUCCUGUGGGGUAUUGCCGUCAUCUGUCUCGGCGCAUGUAACAACUACGCCCAGUUGUCGGGAGUAAGGAUCGUUCUAGGAUGGUUCGAAUGCUGCAUCACGCCUGGUUUCCUUCUCAUCACCAUCUCCUGGUGGAAGCGACAAGAAGCUACCCUUCGAAGUUCCAUGUUCUUCGCAAUGAACUCUUUCCUUGGUGGUGUCUUUGCUGUCAUCAUUUACGCUCUUGCGAGGCAUUCUCAAUUACACGGCGGUGUUGCUGGCUGGAGAGCUAUCAACUUCUUCCUCGGGUCUCUUACCGUCUUUGCCGGCAUUCUCACCUUCAUCUUCGUUGGUGUUCCCGACGAAGUUUGGUGGCUCAACAAGGAGAAGAAGAAGAUGGUUCGUGCUCGUAUCGUUGGGAACGGAACCGGUGGAGGAGAGAGCCAUCCCUGGAAGUGGUCUCAAGUGAGGGAAUGUUUCCGUGAUCCUCAGUGGUAUUUUAUGAUCGUCUACCAGCUCCUCUCGACGAUCCCCAACGGCGCCCUGGGAACAUUCAGUGUCUUGGUUUACCAAUCUUUUGGCUUCACCGCUCUUCAGUCCAUUCUAUAUCAGCUUCCUGCGAAUGCGAUCGGGUUUGUAGUUAUCAUCUCAUCUGCCCUUCUCGUCAACAAGUACCCUCGUGCUCGAUACCCCAUCGCCUUACUGUGGAUCACAGUUGAGAUGAUUGUCUUCCUGUAUAUUGGUCUCGGCAAAGGAAGCAAAUGGGGCAAUUGGGCUUGUUUCUCAUUCAACGGGGUAGUGGCAUGUGCCAAUUUCUUGCUCUGGCCGCUCAUGUCCAUCAACUCUGCUGGACGUACCAAGAAGAGUUUCAUGAGCGCUUGUACGUUCAUCACGUACUGCGUGGGCAACAUGAUUGGUUCUCAAACUUUCCGACCGAAUGAUGCUCCUCGAUACCUUCAUGGCCUUAUGGCAAGUGCCAUUCUUAUGGCGGCUGAACUCGUUUGGCUGUGUGUCUGGUGGUACUACUACAGGUGGACUAAUAAGAAGAGGGAUGCCGCUGCUGCUGCUGCCGGGCUGACGCAAGAGGAGAUCGAUCAUGCCAAUAGGCUGGCGGGAGAGACUGAUCAGACGGACUUGCAAAAUCCCCAUUUCAGAUACAUGUACUAG